UUACUGAGAGCUCGCCCCGGGGGACGUCAGCGGCCGGCCGGAAGUGGGGUCCCGGCGCCAUGCGUUGCCACUACGAGGUGCUGGGUCUGUCCCGGGAUGCCGGCGACGACGAGCUGCGGAAGGUGUACCGGCGCCUGGCGCUGCGGUGGCACCCGGAUAAGAACUUGGAAAACCCCGAGGAAGCAGCUGAACAGUUCAAGCUGAUCCAGGCAGCGUACGAUGUACUGAGUGAUCCCCAGGAGAGAGCGUGGUACGACAACCAUCGCGAGGCAAUCCUGAAGGGCGGACUGCAUGGCGAGUUCGAGGACGACAGCUUGGACCUGCUGCAGUUCUUCACCAGUGCCUGUUACUCGGGUUACACUGACGACCAGGGGGGUUUCUACGCUGUCUAUCGUCAUGUGUUUGACACCAUCGCGGAGGAGGAGGUGGAGGGAGCCCCAAACCCACAAGGGCUCUUGUUCCCAUCAUUUGGACACUCCCAGAGUGACUAUCAGACGGUGGUCCACCCGUUCUAUGCGCACUGGCAGAGUUUCUACACGCAGCGGACGAUGGCCUGGCGAGAGCGGUUUGACACGCGGCAGGCAGUGAACCGGGGUGAGAAGCGAGCCAUGGAACGGGAGAACCGGCGGCUGCGGGACAAGGCACGCAAGGAGCUCAGCCAGCUGGUCCGGCAGCUGGCGGCCUUCGUCCGGCGGCGGGACCCCCGGGUCCAGGCUCACCGGCAGCGGCUGCAGGAGCUGAAUGCACAGAGGGAGCGGCGGGCGCAGGAACUGCAACGGGAGCAGGUGUUACAGCAGGCCAGGCUGGCCGAGCAGUACGAGGAACAGCACUGGGUGACGCUGUCGGAUCUGGAGAGAGAGCUGCAGCAGAUGGAGGAGCAGUACCAGAGGGAGUUUGGUGACCAAUCCGACAACGAGCAGGAGGGCUGUGAGCAAGACGGUGAUGGAGGGCCAGGGACAGACGACACUGAUGACGAGGGUCUAUUCUGCCCUGCUUGUGAACGAAUCUUCCAGACUGCAAAGGCCUUGAGGAACCACGAAAAGUCCAAGAAGCACAGGGAGAUGGUGGCCAUGCUGAGGCAGCAGCUACAGGCCGAGGAACUGCAGCUCCAAGCAGCUCAGGACAGCCAGGAGUCGCCCCCAGGGCAGCCGAGACCUUCCAAGAAGCACAAGAGGAAAAAGCAGCAGAAGGUGUUGAGUGAAACUGUGGAUCCCACUGACUUCGGGACGCGCAGUGCCUCAGGCAGCCGGUCCGAGUCGGAGGCUGACAGCGGUGAAGAGCACAAGAGGUGCCAGGAUGGUGGCGAAGACCAGCGGCCCACACCUGGCAUCUCACACACGGCCGAGCGGGAGGGGGCAGAGGGUGUGGUGUCCAUAGAGGCUGAGGACACUGGUCAGCAGGAGAGGGUCCGGACACCGAGCCCUGCAGCACCAGAGCCGGCCCCCAGGGUCCCUAAAACCAAAGAAAAAAAAGGAAAACAACAGAAGCAUUCGGGGAGGCGACAGGAACCGGACCCGCUGAACUGUGUGAUCUGUAACUGCCCGUUUUCAUCCCGAAACAAACUGUUCGAGCACCUGCGAGCAACGGGGCACGCAGCAGCGGUGCCGGAUCAGAGGGCAGCUGGCAGCCGGGCCUCUGGCGGGAAGCGGAGUAACCGAUAAUGCAACCGGGCCCGGUGUGGGGUGAGCGGCAGGGCCAGCCGGGUGUUGGAGCUUCCGCUGUGCGUGCAGAGACUGCCAGCACUGCGAUUGGGAGUCGUGGCGUUGCCUGCCGCCCACAGCGCUGAUGGAGCGAGGUCCCGAGCUCUCUUGCACUGGGUCACUGGACACUGUACACCCCGGCUGCCCACACUCCCCUCCUCGCUGGGUUCCCCGCCCCUCACAGCUGCUCCCAGAAUUCCAACAACGGGCAGCCUCAGUGAUAAAUAAAGGAGCCGGCCCUGAACGGGGGAGAGACUCGAUCAGUGUGCGAACCGGCCAGUGUACGUGCAGACUGCGGGGCGGAGGUGAGGACGGUAGUAAAAAGAAUCUGCGUGUGCUGGGAGGGAGAGAGGGAUGCUCAGUGGCAGGCUUCCACUGUGACUGGGCAUUGACAGAAUCCAGACGUCAGUGGCUACUGCUGGCCCUCUGGGAAACAUCUAUCCCCCCGACGCCCCACGGUGGUCUGUUUUCCAAGUCCAUGGUCCAGCGCCCUGAUCCGGUAUGGAGUGGCUAAGUCACUUUGAAAUAUGCACUCCCUUCGUAUGUCCGACAGCCAGACAGCUGAGGCACACACAUCUGUGCCAGGUGUGUGCCUCAGGCUCUGUACUAGGGCAGUUUCAGUGGCAGGGUAGUGUUCAGCGAGAAUGCUCCCAUAUCUCCAUUCCCUGUAGGUGGUGACGGAGAGUUGGCUGCGGCCUUGUGGAGUGCAGGUCCUGGGAGAGAUGGGACAGCUCCUGGUCUCGGGGUCGGGGGUUAAUAUGCAGCCUGGAGAAUAAAAC